CCUGUCCACCUCUCACCCUCUCUCUCUCUCUCUCUCUCUCUCUAUAAAUACAAUUCUCAUCUUCAUUUUUGUAUCACACAGCACAUCAUCAACUAUUCACUUGAUCACAGCAGCAUUAAUUGUCUUCUUUCUUUUGCAAGAUUCUCUCAGAAAAUGGCCAUCUCCAAGGCUCUUGUUGCUUCAAUUGUCCUCUCUCUACUGGUUCUUGACCUAGUCCGGGCACUACAAACAGAUCAAGUGACCGGCAACCCUGCAGUCCAUGUCACAGCUUUCACUAGUCCUGCCAAGCCCCUGGAUUGCGGGGCAGCUUGUGCUGCUAGGUGCAGCUUGUCAAAGAGGCCAAGGCUGUGCAAGAGGGCUUGUGGGACGUGCUGUGCAAGGUGCCAGUGUGUUCCUCCUGGCACCUCAGGCAACUUAGAUUCUUGCCCUUGCUAUGCCACCAUGACCACUCACGACAACAAACGCAAAUGCCCUUGAAAGACUCCAACAACACUCUUCCUCCUCGUUUAUAUUUUUCUUAAUUUUGUGGGUUAAUAAGAACUUGUGAAAAACUAUCAAGGUUUUUCCUGUUGUUGAGGUGCUUGAAUGUAAUUGCUUGUAAAGGAAGGUCUGUGUUGUAUCUUUCAAGAAAAAAUGCAUAAAUCAUCGAUGAUAAGGUUGUUCUUUUGUUAACUAAAA